AGCAGCAGCAGCAGAGCACAUAUCCUCCAAAAGUGAAUCAGCCAGCCCCCUCUGCCCCGGCUGCUUCUUCCGUGGGUUGUUUUCUGUUUAUUCAAUGUAAAUUUCCUGCACCGCGCGGCAGUCUACAAGGAAAAGUAACUGGGAGUAACAUUUUACAAAGAAAUCUGGUUUAUUCCGUCGUCUGAUACAUUCAUGAGCGUAUGUCUGUAUGUGCAUCAGCCAUGAGUGUCCUUCCUCCAAUCAGACGGGACCGUAUCAUCGCCCAGCUCCCACAGUGUUUCAUCAAAGAGGCUGCACUGCACACCAAAGAGGAAUUCGACAACAAAGUUAAAACAGCCUGUCAGGAACAACGCACUGGUACUGUGGGCAGAUUUAAAAUCUCAAAGGUCAUCGUUGUGGGGGAUCUCGCUGUGGGUAAAACUUGUCUGAUUAAUAGAUUUUGUAAGGAUACUUUUGACAAGAACUAUAAAGCAACAAUCGGUGUUGACUUUGAGAUGGAGCGGUUCGAGGUGCUGGGUGUCCCAUUUAGCCUACAGCUAUGGGACACUGCAGGUCAAGAGAGGUUCAAGUGCAUUGCUUCUACGUAUUACAGAGGUGCCCAAAUUGUAAUAAUCGUAUUUGACUUGACUGAUGUAGCCUCGUUGGGUCAUACAAGACAGUGGUUAGAAGAUGCCUUAAAGGAGAACGACCCCACUAGUGUCCAGCUCUUCAUAGUUGGGACAAAGAAAGACUUGAGCUCACCGGCCCAGUACAAUCAAAUUGAACAAGAUGCCCUUAAAAUUGCACAGGAGAUGAGCGCUGAGUAUUGGGCAGUUUCUUCACUUACAGGUGAGAAUGUAAAAGAGUUCUUCUUUCGAGUGGCAUCUUUGGCAUUUGAGAUGAACGUCCUUGCAGAGCUGGAGAAAAGUGGGACAAGGCAAAUUGGAGAUGUUGUCAGGAUAACCAGGAACUCCAGUAAUCUCUACAGUGUGUCAAAGAAGAAACAGUCGGGCUGCUGUCAGUGACGGUGGGGGAGGAGCUUCAAUGGUACAAGUGUAUUUGUGUCUGUGGAAAGGAAAAGCUCUGAGUACACAGAACGGAGUCUGACUCAAAUUCACUUUUUCCUUUGGCCUUGGAUUCUUCCAUGAGCUGUGCAUUUUUGUGGUCUUGGCCUUUUUUCUCUAUUUAAAUGACCCUUCAUGCAUUUACACAGUAUACGAGUGUUAAAAAUUGCUUUUUUUUUUUCUUAAGACUGACAAGAAGACUGAAGAGCUGCUAGUAUUAUGGAUUAGAUCUUUGUUUACUACAGGAUAAUGCUGCUGAGGUUAAAGGCACCAAUGCUUUAAGAAUACCGUUAGGUCCCAUUACAUUUCGAUAUUAAAUGGUUAAUAUUUAAAAGGGAAGUUUAUCCCAUGUUAUU